GCGGCCUAAAAUAGGCUUUCAAAUUUCAGUCAACAUAGGUCGUCGCUUAAGUCGGACGGGCUUUAUAUUUUCAGAAGGAAUUCAAGGAAACACACUGUAUAAUCAUGGAAAUGCGCGAUCGACUCCAGAAGUUAAUACCCAACUCGAGCGUCAUGUCGCACGCCACUGUAAGCGAGAGUGCAACCGAGAUUGCGAUCCUGAAUCUGAAUAGAAACGAAGGCUUAGAGAGCACUGUGACCAGGAUCCUAGUGGCGAUCGAGGAGAUGUUCUGCAAUUACUUCGAGGAGCUCCAGAAGGAGCUGGAACUGCAGAGGAUGGCGGCCAAGACUUUGAACCAGCUGAGCCAGCGUUACAGGAUCAACACGCAGGUGGACUUGAGCUGCACGUGCCCGCAGAUCUAUGAGAUCGAAUCGGACGAUGCGAUCAUCAACAAGUUCUACAUCCACUACCAGGUGAUAGCCAGUUCCAACAAGAACCAGUUUUGGGCCAUCCAAGGCCUGCGUCCGUACGUGCUGCUCUUCCGCCGCGAGUGCGCCAAGUUGAAUCUGAGCGCGGAUACUCCCUUCAUCAUGGGUGACGCCUUCCACAAGCCAAUUAAAUUCUUUAUGGAGCUGGUGGAGGAGCUGUUCUCCUACUUCUACAGUGGUCACGUGCAGUUUGACUGCGCUGCCCAAAUGUUGGAUCCCUUGGACCUGAACGGCAUCGAGUACUACCAGAAGCUAUUGGCACCCAACGAGGACUUUCUGCAUUACUUUAAGUACAACAUGAGCUUCUGCAAGUGCCUGCGUACGCCGCACAGGUGUCCUGCCUACGAGUAUCCGCAGGUCACAGAGGAUCACAACAUGCCCUUUGUUAUCCAGGCCAAGAAGAGGCGUUGUGCCAGGCGGUGCGAGAAGAUGGCCGAGGCCACCGAAACGAAUUUAUUGGACCGCAAGAAGUCCAUGGUUAGACUGCAACGUCCAAGCGAGAUGUCGGGCAUUGGCCCCGGUCAGGACUCAUUAGUGGAUAGGCGGGAGAGCAACGUGAGGGAACUGAAGAGGUCCAUCUCUACUCACCAACGUCGCAGUCAGCGGUCUAUCAUAAGUAUUACCAAGGAAGUUUACCACGAUCCCUUUUCUACCAGCCCCCAUGAGCUCACUCUUAAGGAUUCAGUAAUCAGAUGGUCGGUGAACCCUCAAAUUCUCAAUAUGCAAGUGAACUGAUUCCGGUGUAUCAUAACUUUUCAAAUUUUGCAAUCAGUUGUUACAUUUAUCUAAUACAGCAUGAGGAGUAUCUAUUUUAGUAAAUUGUCUACUGAGUUCCCACA